AAUUCUUAAAGAUGGAAUAGGAAAUAUGUUACUUUUCUACCAUUAUGACUACUGCUGAAUGGAUAAUGGAAAAUAUUUCCUUUUUAUGUCCUCUAGGCACGUUUCUCGUAUAUGAGAAUGAAGUAUCUCUUUAUCUCUUGGUUAGUAGUUUUCAUUGGCAGCUGGAUUAUGUAUGUUCAGUAUUCCACCUACACAGAGCUAUGCAGAGGACAUGACUGUAGGAAAAUAAUAUGUGAUAAAUACAGGACUGGAGUUAUUGAUGGGUCAGCAUGUAGCAGUCUGUGUGCAAAAGAAUCAUUGUAUUUUGGGAAGUGUUUGUCAACAAAGCCUAAUAACCAGAUGUAUUUAGGAAUCUGGGGAAAUCUGCAAGGUGUUAUCAAAUGCCAGAUGGAAGAAGCUACGCAACUUGAUUUUGGUAGUGAUCCAGAACCAAGAAAAGAAACAGUCCUGUUUGAUAAACCGACUAGAGGAACCACUGUUCAGAAAUUCAAAGAAAUGGUACAUGGUCUUUUUAAAGCAAAAUUGGGUGAACAAGGAAAUCUUUCAGAGCUGGUUAAUCUCAUCCUAUCUUUUGCUGAUGGAAACAAGGAUGGAAGAGUUUCUCUGCCCGAGGCAAAGUCUGCAUGGGCACUUUUGCAGCUAGAAGAAUUUCUAUUAAUGGUCAUCUUGCAGGAUAAAGAACACACUCCCAAACUGAUGGGUUUCUGUGGGGAUCUCUAUGUGAUGGAAAGAGUUGAAUAUACUUCCCUUUAUGGAAUUAGCCUUCCAUGGAUCAUAGAACUUUUCAUUCCCUCUGGCUUCAGAAGAAGCAUGGACCAAUGGUUUACUCCAUCAUGGCCAAGAAAAGCAAAAAUAGCUAUAGGGCUUUUAGAAUUUGUGGAAGAUAUUUUCCAUGGACCUUAUGGGAAUUUUCUUAUGUGUGAUACAAGUGCCAAAAAUUUGGGAUAUAAUGAGAAAUAUGAUUUGAAAAUGAUGGACAUGAGAAAAAUUGUGCCAGAAAUGAAUCUGAAAGAAAUAAUUAAAGAUCGUCAGUGUAACUCAGACUUGGACUGUGUUUAUGGUACAGACUGUAGAACUCUGUGUGACCAAAGUAAAAUGAGAUGUACCACAGAAGUCAUUCAGCCAAACUUGGCCAAAGUCUGUCAGUUACUGAAAGACUAUUUGCUUCGGGGGGCUCCUUCAGAUAUCCAUGAAGAGCUAGAAAAACAACUGUACUUGUGUAUUGCCCUUAAAGUCACAGCAAGUCAGAUGGAAAUGGAGCAUUCUUUAAUACUAAAUAAUUUAAAAACUUUACUGUGGAAAAAAAUUUCCCAUACAAAUGACUCUUAGUUUUCCUGCCCACA